ACCCUGACAAGCCGUGACAAGGAGACACUAUGGCUUUGCCUACCAGGGCCGGUACCAUGGUGGCCAUGCCUUUCAUGCGAAAAAGGACACUUUUCGGCUUCGGUGCUCUGGCAGCAGGUCUGGCAAUGGUGCAUAGGACUGAAUUGACCGGUAUUGGCAUGCGCUUCUCUGCAAUCACGCCUCUUCGGCCUCUCCGCUUCAUAUAUCGAUCACAGUCCACCUUCUCUGGCUUAUUCUCAUCUAUUACCUCGACUUCUGGUGACGGCUCAGCAAACAUGGCUAGUCUAACUCCUCCUCAAUCUCCACCAAAAUGGACACAUACGGCAAAGGAAAUAUUAGAUCUUACGAAGGAGCAGAUCGAGAAACAUAAAGUGGCUGAGGACAAGGUUGCGGCCCUCCCACCAUCUGAAUGUAGCUUCGAAUCGGAUUAUGUGACUUCUUCAGGUCUUCGUUCCUCUCGCUCGAGCCGAAACGGAGUUUGACGUGAUCACGGAUCCUCUCGCAUUCUACCAGAAUGUAUCGCCUUCGAAAGAGCUCCGAGAUGCCUCGAACGAUUCCGAGGCCUUGGUUCGGGAUUAUGGCGUGGAAUCUUCGAUGCGCCUAGAUGUCUUCAAGGCAAAGCAAGCUGCAGAGAAGAAUAUCAAAGACUCUGGUGUCAAAUUGAAUCCUGAAGAGGAAAGGCUCGUAGAGAAGAUGAUCCUUGAUGGCAAACGUGCUGGUUUGGCUCUUCCCGAGAAGGAGAGAGAAGAACUCAUGAAAUUGCAGAAGGAGGUCUCGCAAGCUUCUUUGGAGUUUAGCAAAAACUUCAAUGAAGAGAAAGCUGUCAUCACUUUCACUGCCGAAGAACUGGAAGGUGUUCCUGCAGAUGUUGUUUCUGGAUACACGAAGCGCACGGACGAGUCAGGCAAGGAGGUCUUCGACGUUACCUACAAGACGCCUGAUAUCUUUCCUAUUUUCAAAUUUGCACAAAACCCGGAAACUAGGCGGCGCGCUUUCGAAGGAUAUGAAGAUCGUCUACAGAUCAAUACACCCAUUCUGGAUAGGAUCCUUGAACUUCGCCGCAAGAUUGCUGCAUUGCUUGGGUAUGACACGUGGGCUGACUAUCGCACGGAAGUGAAGAUGGUCAAGAACGCAAAGGGUGUCAUCGAUUUCCUCACAGACCUGGAAACGAAGCUGCGACCCGUCGGACUCAAAGAGCGUGAAAUCCUCCUCGACAUGAAGAAGGAAGAACUCGAGCAGAAAGGUCUUCCCUUCGAUGGAGAAUUUUAUAUCUGGGAUUAUCGCUACUAUGACCGCAAGUACAUCGAGAAGUCACUCGACCUGGACGAUAUGCUCGUCAAAGAGUACUUCCCUGUCGCAGUCGUCGUUCCAGCUAUUCUCAGUAUCUAUCAGAACCUGCUUGGUGUCAAAUUCGUCGAACAUAAGGGUGAGACAUGGCAUCCUGAGGUACAACAGUUCUCCGUCUGGGAGAAGGACGCAAAAGACGAAUCCGGAUUCGUUGGAUACUGCUACCUUGAUUUAUUCCCUCGUGAAUCCAAAUAUUCUCAUGCUGCGGUAUGGGGUCUUCUUCCAGGAUACGCCCGUCCUGAUGGGAAACGCAGUUACCCUCUCGCUGCCAUGGUUGCCAAUCUUGCGAAGCCAACGCCAUCGAAGCCAGCGCUGAUGAGACACGAUGAUGUCGUGACAUUCUUCCACGAGAUGGGUCAUGUCUUCCAUGGCUUGUUGAGUCGAACACAAUUCGGUCGGUUCCACGGAACACGGGUUGCUCGUGAUUUCGUCGAGGCACCAUCGCAGAUGUUGGAGAAUUGGUGUUGGGAGCCUAAAGUGCUUGAACGCAUGUCAAGUCAUUAUGAGACUCAAAAGCCACUCUCGUCCGAAUUGAUUGAGAAGAUUGUCAAAAGCCGAUAUGUGAAUGUCGGGCUGUUCUAUCUCCGUCAACUCUUCUUCGCCAACUACGACAUCAACGUCCAUACGGCCCAGGAAUCUGAGGACUACACUGCGCUAUGGAAUACCCUUCGUGAGAAGAUCUCUCUUGUGAAAGGUGGCAAGCACACCGCCGGUCAAGGAACCUUCGGCCACAUUGCCGGAGGGUACGACGCUGGAUACUACGGCUACACCUACUCCUUGGUCUUUGCCGCGGACAUGUACGCAACUGUGUUUAAGCCUGAUCCUCUGGAUCCUGCACGUGGUAAGCUCUAUCGGGACAAGAUUCUGUUACCAGGUGGUAGCAGGGAAGAUAUUGAUUCGCUCAAGGAUUUCCUUGGUCGUCCACCAAACUCUGAGGCUUUCAUCGAGGAGAUCUUCGGGACCGAGGGAAAGAAAGCGUCUAAUCUUUGAGAGCUGUAUUGCGCCUGUAUGUGCAACGAGGAAUAAUUGAAUAUAUCAGUAAGCAGCAGUGAUAUGCGAUCAAGAACUGAACAGAGCUGCAUGCAUCUUCUCGAACACGAAAAGUCAUCAACCUCUGGAAUGAAGUACUGUCUCGACAUCAAUAUCAGUCGACCCUUCAUUGGAUCUUGCAGAAGUCGUCAUAUAUUCCGUUCUUUUAGUGCUCUGUGGAUGCUAGAACUCGGGCUUGAAAGCUUGGAUGUGAUGCUGACUUGACUGUUCUUCAAGUUUGUGUUCAUAGCUUGAACGUUAACGGGGAUCAUUGGCAACAAAGCUAACGGUAUCACUCCUCGGGGCUUCUACCGGCCGGAUUCCCAUUUGUGAGAUGCCCUUAAGGUUCGACAUUUGACUGUUACAGCGUGUAUAUUUUUGCAGUAUCGACACUCUCCUCUUCUGUCCAUUGAAACAUAGUAGUUGUCAAGUGAGUCUUGCUGACGAUCAGUACGUCUUUUGCUCUGCUUGUGAUGGUUCACAAUUUGUGAUGGUUCACAAGACACUGAGUCGGCGGGUUAGGAGUUUCCUUUGUCAUGCACCCGAUUUGUCCCUAGCCUCGUCCAAGGUACUCUCAGUGAGGGAGGAUUCUUUAUGAUACGUAAAGUGAAAGCACAGGGGUCUGCCCCGGUGUCACACGAGCCUGUAGCUGGUACUCUCCAUUACAUAGUUUAAAUAUGGCAUGCUGUUUCUUUCGGACC